AUGUAUGUGGAGGGGCUGUUUUUUUUUUUUAUUUGCUUGUUUGUGUGCUUUUCUUUUCUUUUCUUUUUCUUUUUUUUGCGUCCGUGUUUGUGGCGUGGGAGGAAGUUAAAUACGCGGAAUAAAAGCAAGGAAGGUAAUAGGGGGAGUAUGCAAGGAAAAACAAAAGCAGGAGACACGGAGGGAGAACGAAGAGGAGAGGGGAGAAAUAAGAGUGGUGAAGAAGACUGGCGGCUUCGCGUGGACAUGCCGUGGGCUGUGGCGUGCGUUGGUGCUCUUCUUGUGACACUCGGUGUGCACUACAAGGCACUCUGCGAGGACCGCACUGAUUUGUCGCUGCCGGAGCUCAGAGCUUCCAUGGAGGCGAAGUGCCGUUUGUUGGGCGACGUCUUUGAGCGCCCCGUGAUGGAGCCGUUUCUUCAUCCUGUGCCCUCGCAGUUUGGCGUGGCGGUGUGGGUCGAGCGGGAGUCGUGGGCAUCGCCGGUGCACGAGGCACUUGAUCGCAUCGAAGAGGCCAUUGGUCGGGGCUCAUACAAGGCCGAUGCCGCGGGAUCGGGGGCUCGUAGGCUGCGGCUCAUUCAGCGCAUAGUGCGCGUGGCCACAAGCAGGCCCCAUAGUGGCAUGCAGGAUGACAGUCUCUCACUUGUUUCGGUCGCAACGGCCCAACAGCUGGGCUUGGGGUUGACCCAGCACGUAUGCACGGUGGAUUUACGUGGUGAGGUAAUAAUGCACGGCAUCAGCUUCUUCCGCCGAGCUUCAUCGUCUGCUGGUGACUCGCGGGUGCAAUGUUUCUCCUUUGAUGAGAGGCAGGCGUAUUGCACCAUUCCGGAGGACGUGUCGUCGACUUGGUUGUCGCGGGAGGUGCCUGCCGCCGUUGCUACUUUGAUGUCCCGUUGGCUGCAACUUGAUAGUUUUCGUGACGCAAGCACCGUACGGCGCUGGGCGUUGGAGCGUGAGGCGCAGAGCUGCAAAUACGCCCUGCGCGCCCUGCAGCAGCUGGAGCUCUCCGUGAAUGCCCAUCCCGAAAUGCCGGCGCCGUUGGAUGUGGCUGAGACGAUCGGCCGAUUGCAGUCUUUGAUUGACGCUGGGGAGCUCAUACAAUUUGCACGGGCCGCCGACGAUCUCCAGUUCCACCCGCUCCUCCUGCCCCAACUGUACAUCCCAUGGGAUCAGGCGCUUGUAAUUCAUUUCUCUAUCCUGCUGCCUGUGAUGAUGGCGGGGAUUCUCGGAGUGCGCAUUACCGUCGCAGCUCGAAGGCGGCGGCGCGCAGCCGCAAAACUACAAGAACCGACGGAAGCGAAGAAGAACGACUGA